ACUGGUUAUGUUAAUCUCAGUGGCCACUCCUCACGGAAACCCAUUUCACUCAACUUAUUCUGGGAGAGGGGCUGGUGUUUCCUUUCAGAAAACAACAGUCAGAGGAGGAAACACUUCAACUGCUCAAGGUGAAAUGGACCAAAGACAAAACUCACAGGUGAAAAUGAAUCUGAUGAACUUUGGGACCAGACCAGGACAUUCUCAGCCCAAACCUCAGGAGAGGGAACAGUGGGGCAGCAAGAUUGAGUUCAUCCUGGCAGUGGCUGGCCACAUUGUUGGUCUGGGAAACGUCUGGAGGUUUCCAUACCUUUGCUACAAAAAUGGAGGAGGGGUUUUCUUCAUACCUUAUGUUUUGUUUUUGUUCACCUGUGGCAUCCCACUCUUCUUCCUGGAGACAUCUUUGGGCCAGUACACCAGUCAGGGUGGAAUAACAUGUUGGAGAAAAAUCUGCCCUCUUUUUGAAGGCUUAGGUUACGGAAGCCAAGUGGUUGUUUUGUACACUGGGGUGUAUUACAUCAUCAUCCUGGCUUGGACAUUUCUCUACCUGUUUUCAUCCUUCAGGUCUGAGCUUCCAUGGGCAAGCUGUCACAACAGCUGGAACACAGAUGCCUGUUUUGAGCAUGGUCACAAUCAAACAUCCCCUCUACACCUGUAUGAAAAUAGCACAUCUUCAGUUGUAGAGUUUUGGGAGAGGAGAAUCUUGGGUCUGUCCACUGGAAUUGAGAAAAUUGGCAAUGUUCGUUGGGACCUAGCCCUUUGCCUACUUCUUGCCUGGAUAUUGUGUUACUUCUGUGUCUGGAAUGGAGUGAAGUCCACAGGAAAGGUGGUCUACUUCACUGCCACAUUUCCGUAUGUAAUGCUGGUGGUGCUGCUUUUUCGUGGUCUUACAUUACCGGGGGCCAAAGACGGAAUCAUGUUCUACCUCUACCCAGACCCAUCUCGCCUCAUUGAUCCAGAGGUAUGGAUGGAUGCUGGCAGCCAAAUCUUCUACUCCUAUGGAGUUUGCACAGGUGUUCUGACAUCUUUAGGAAGUUACAACAAGUACAGCAACAACUGCUACAGAGACUGUGUUUACCUGUGCAUGUUAAACAGUUUAACCAGCUUUGUAGCCGGCUUCGCCAUCUUUUCUGUGCUUGGUUUUAUGGCAAAGGAGCAAGGUGUGGAUAUAUCAAUGGUGGCUGAAUCAGGUCCAGGGUUGGCAUUCAUUGCUUAUCCUCGUGCUGUGGCUCUAAUGCCACUUCCCCAGCUCUGGGCUAUUUUUUUCUUCAUUAUGAUCAUCUUCUUAGGAUUAGAUAGUGAGUUUGUAUAUCAAGAGGCACUGGUCACAACCAUCUCCGACAUGUAUCCUGACUUCUUUCAAGACAACAGCCGCCGUAAGCUCCUUCUUCUUGCCAUUUCUGUUGGAAGUUUCUUUGUUGGCCUUCUGAUGGUCACAGAGGGAGGCCUUUAUAUUUUCCAGCUGUUUGACUAUUAUGCCUGCAGUGGGAUGACACUCCUGUUUUUUGCUAUCCUUCAGUCUGUCUGUAUUGGAUGGGUCUAUGGUGCAGAUCGUCAGUAUGACAAUAUAAAGGACAUGAUUGGAUAUCGACCGUGGCCUUUCAUGAAAUAUUGUUGGCAGUACUUCACACCAGCUAUCUGCACUUGCACACUUCUUUUCUCCUUGGUCAAAUAUACCCCGCUAAAAUUCAACAACACAUAUGAAUAUCCCUGGUGGGGCUACACCAUUGGAGGCUUCUUUACUCUCUCUUCAACACUCAUGGUUCCUCUGUGGAUGUUGUAUGCUGUGAAUGUCACUCCAGGAACACUGAGACAGAGACUGAAAGUUCUGUCCACUCCAGCAAAAGACUUACCUACUGCAACAUUAAUGAAGACAUCAAAUACAGAUGCAUUUCGGACUUUCACAAGCUUGAACACACUGCGCACGACCGAAUGUCCUGAUGACAGAAGUGACAGAGCUCAGAGAUAAACCGUGAGCACCAUAACUGUGAGGAGAGCAGAUACUUUUACUUUGCCAAAAAAAUAAAUAAAAUAUGGGCAACAUUGACAAAUAGUCAGUAUAUUACAGUGAUUGUAGCAUCUGUUAUCAAUAAGGUGAUCUGAUCCUCCAGGUUGUGAAUGUAGAUAUAAUAAUUCAUACAGUCUUAGUUCUCGUGUGUUCCAGCUGGCAGUAUAUUUCUGAUAACAAUUCAUGUUACAGAAGCUUUUGGAAAUCACACUGUAAGAUUUAUUUUUUAAAGAAUGCUUAUUAAAUAAUUACAGGGUGCAUUAUUAUUGUUACUGGGGAAUAUAACAAGAGGUCUGGGAGAAGGGGUUUUCUAAGGAAUUAUGCCACAAAAAUAGUUUUGGGAAUGUUUUAAGGAAGGAAAGAUAUUAUAUUAUUAUAAUACGUUAUACACAGUAUCUCUUGCACAUUUUGGAUGGCAGUAUAUAAAACAUUGUAUUUCCAGUAGGUGUUUUAUUAUUAAUUACUGAAAUCCUAUUAAAAAAUUAUAGGGUAUGAUAAUAUUUUUAUUGGGUAACAAACAUGAGAUACAUGAAACCUUGUUAACAAUACCAACAAUAUUAACAAUAACGGCAAUAUUCUAAAGACGUAUUGGUAUUCAUUUUUAAAUGAUGCUAAAAUUAGAUACAGAGCUUACUAUAGGGUUCCCUGUAGGUAUAGGGAACUAUAGGGUUCAUUACUAUAGUUAUACAGGAAGAAGCAAGAAGCCUGAGAAAAAAGGGGGCAUUAUAAUGAAUUUAGCUAUAAAAAUUGCUCUGUUUAUGUAAAAUAGUGACAUACUUACUAAAAAUUUAUAGGAAAAAUAGGUAUAUAGGCUAAAAUAGGUAAUGAGGUUUAGAGAUAAAGAAGGUUAUUAGGCAUGUACAGCACUUUACAAUGCACCUGUGCAAUUUAGUGAGUGUCAGAAGUAUAACAGACCACACCUGUGUGCCUUCAACACCUGAAACUGAGGGAAAACUAUGCAGGCUGUAAUUCAACACAUUGCAUUUUCAGAGCCUUUUUCAUUUUAAUUACAGUAGUGUAAAUACACAACAUGUGGGCUGCAAUUUAAAACUUAUUGUGUAUUUCUGUGUAUGUGGAUCACUGUCAUCACUCAAAGUACAAGCUUUCAUCACAAAAUUCACGAAACAAAAUUCAGUUACAUACAGAUAAAAAUGAACACAGAACAAGUAAUAAGUACAUUGUAAUGCAUUACUUUCCACUGAUUUUCUUCAGUCACUAUAAAACACAAUUAUUCUCACACUGUACAUCAGUGGUGAAAAUAACCCUAUAACCUCAGAGAAAUGUGGUAGUCAAGGCUCACUGCUAACAACACACCCAGAAUUAAACACUCCCUACCACGCACUAAUUAUGGAAGUACCACCACCAUCAGAUGACAGCUCAUUUCUGGGGGAAUGUUAUUGUUUUUGUGAUAAUUUUCUGACACUAUUGCCUCCCAUUUCCCCCAGUUUCAGGUGUUAGAAUGGAGAAAGUCCAAGAUGUCAUAUGUUGCAUUAUAUAUUGUCAAAUGCAGAAGCUAGACUCUUUCAUAAACUAUGAAAACAGAGCAAAUGACCUUUUAACGUCCUUAAACCGGCUGCCAGUGUGUUUUAGAAUUGAUUUACCCAUUAUGUUUAAAUCACUACACGGCCUGGCCCCAGAUUAUCUCUCAACCUGCACCCGGUGUGAGGUCCUCCGGCAGAAACCUGUUGGCUGUUUUCAUAGCUUCGUUCAAACCACUAGGGGACCGAGCAUUUGCUGUGAGGGCACCUCAAUAAUGACCUGUGUGAUGAACCCAGACUUGUAUAGUGAUAUUGACCCAGUCAAUAUCUUCUCUGAGCUUCUGAAAACCCCCUUUUGUCAAAUGGCUUUCUUAUGAUUUUAUUUUAACUUGCUAACAUGUGUGUGUGACUUUAUUAUUAUUUCAUUAUCUUUAUUUUAUGGAGUAAACAUGUAGAUUGGCUCCUUUAUUGUUUAUGAAUAUCCACUGUGACAUUUUAACAUCAGACGGACACCUGAUUUUCUGUUCAGCUGUUACCUGUAGGUCUACUUACCUAAUAACUAAGCAUCUUCUUUUUCCCUAUCUUCCUAUCCCAAAACUACAUUUAUACAUUACAUUAUACCCCAGUAUUUUUAGUAAGUAGCCUUGUUUUUUUUUUAAACUUUCCCCCACACCUCCUGUUCUUUUCCCCCAUACCCCAGGCGCUCCAUAUUUCAAAACAUCUUACAGUGUAAUUUGCCUAAAACCAUUUUUCCAAAUGUACCCUGGCGGUUUUUGUAAAGUAUAUUGUAAUUUUCAAAUAAAUUAUAUCACAACUAA